AUAAAAUCAAAAACUCGCUAUUUCAAACCCAACAAAAUCGCAAACCAAAAACCCACGAGAGCAGCUGCGAGCUCAGAAAAGCACACCCAAAACCCUAAUUUUUUCUAAAACCCUAAAAUAUGGGCCGUAGAAGAAGUAACAAUGGGGGUUCUUCAUCAUCAAGUAAUAUUGAGAAUAAUAAUCAUCCACAAGUAACUAAGUUAUGUAUUGAUGAUGAUGAUAAUGAGCUACCAGAAGAGAUGAUUACUCCUUCUAUUGAUCAAUCUAUGUCUGAAGCUGAUAAUAGUACAGCUGUUAUUGGUGGUGAUGAUGAUAAAACUAGUGCUGAUUAUUACUUCGAUUCUUAUUCUCACUUUGGUAUUCAUGAAGAAAUGUUGAAGGACACAGUGAGGACAAAGACAUAUCAAAAUGUUAUUUACAAGAACACGUUCCUCUUCAAGGAUAAAAUUGUUCUUGAUGUUGGUGCUGGUACUGGAAUUUUGUCCCUCUUUUGUGCAAAAGCAGGAGCAAAGCAUGUUUAUGCGAUCGAGUGUUCCCAAAUGGCUGACAUGGCGAAACAGAUUGUUGAAACAAAUGGCUUUUCUAAUGUUAUUACAGUAUUGAAGGGAAAGGUGGAAGAGAUUGAGCUUCCAGUCCCCAAAGUUGAUAUCAUCAUAUCCGAGUGGAUGGGUUAUUUCCUGUUGUUUGAGAAUAUGUUAGACACUGUUCUAUAUGCACGUAACAAGUGGUUGGUAAAUGAUGGGAUUGUGUUGCCCGACAAGGCAUCACUCUACGUGACAGCCAUUGAGGAUCAUGAGUAUAAGGAAGACAAAAUUGAAUUCUGGAAUGAUGUUUACGGCUUCGACAUGAAAUGUAUCAAAAAACAAUCCAUAAUGGAACCCCUUGUAGACACGGUUGAUCAGAAUCAAAUCGUCACAAACUGUCAGCUGCUUAAGACAAUGGAUAUCUUGAAGAUGGCUUCUGGAGAUGUCUCGUUUACAGCUCCCUUUAAGCUCAGGGCUGAACGUAGUGAUUAUAUUCAUGCCCUAGUUGCAUACUUUGAUGUCUCAUUUACGCAGUGUCAUAAGUUGAUGGGCUUCUCUACAGGACCUAGAUCCCGCACCACGCAUUGGAAGCAAACGGUAUUGUACCUUGAAGAUGUGCUAACCAUUUGUGAAGGUGAAGUACUGUCUGGGAGCAUGACAGUUUCACAAAACAAGAAGAAUCCUCGCGAUGUUGAUAUUACUCUUAAAUAUGAAUUGAAUGGUCAGCGUAGCAAGAUAUCAGGAACUCAGCAUUACAAGAUGCGUUGAGAAAAAGAUCUAGACUGAUCUCUCCUCGUCUCCUUUCCAAGAAUCUGGAGACAUUUUCUCAUUAGAACUGUUUUCAACCACAAUCUUUAGAAGUAUUUGCUUUUCUUUAUCCAUUUUAGCAGAUGAGAUUGAUUGAGCCGAGUGAUGCAUAGUGUACCAUGCUUGUAAUUUUAGCAAGUUUAAGUUAUUUUCCUUGCACUGCACUCAAAAUUUGAAAAUCAAUAUUGUAUCCGGCUUUGGUAAUGAUCAUUGAUUCAAAAUGCAAUAUCUGAACCUGAUUAAGGGAACUA